CCGGUUCUUAGGGCGACUUCAUUCACCCACACGUGGUAAAAGAAGCUCGCUUACCCACGACAGGGUCUCCAACUCCCAUUUUCGUUACCCUAGGGGAUGACAAGACCCAGCGCUUCUUCGAUCAGACGGUCACCGACCUCCCUUUCUUCCUCACUCUCGAGCCGACUGAUCGUUUCCCGGCGUCUCGUCGCCACCGCUCCUCUGCACAUUUCGAUGUGAUGGAGACGGGGUAUGACUUCAUUCUCGGCACUCCGUGGUCUCGUCGGUUCCGCAGCACCGAGGCCGAUUGGGCGACCAACACUCUCGUUCUCAAAACGAAGUGUGGACAGACGUAUCGCGUACCUUUCAUAGGUACCACUGCGACACCACGCCCCGAUCCUCCUCCCCCGGAACCUUCCGUGCCCACACCAUCUCCUUCCAUCACUGUCACCUCGCCUCGGCAGUUCGUCCACUUCAUCCGACAGGACGACGUCACCUUCUUUAUGGUGGACGUGACGGAUCUCUUACACUAUGAUCCACCCUGUCCCGACGUCGAGCUCAUCCCUCUGGAGCCAGAUCCUCCUUCUAUCUCCAUGGCUCCCAUCUCUACUUUCGUCCCUCCGUCGUCCAUCGAGUCCACUCCGUCGCCGCCCGCUGACGCUGACGCUGAGGAGCUCGCACGUUAUACGGCUGACCUGGAGCCCGCAGUUCGUGACCUCAUCCGAGAGUACCACGACGUUUUCCCAUCGUCGUUGUCGUACGCCGGCAUCCCACCGAUGCGUGACGUCGAACACUCCAUCCAGCUCGUGCCUGACUAUCGUGUUCACCACCAGGCACCCUACAGACUCUCGAUCCCCGAGGCCACCGAACUCAAGCGUCAGCUUGAGGAGCUCCUGAGAUUGGGUUUCAUUAAACCCAGCAACUCCCUGUGGGGUGCACCCGUCCUUUUUGCUCGCAAAGCGGAUGAGACUCUUCGUCGCUGCAUCGACUACCGCGGUCUCAACCGCUACACGGUUAAGAACAACUACCCCAUGCCUCGUUCCGAUGAGUUGUUCGACCGCCUAGCAGGCAACCGCUUCUUUACGAAGAUCGAUCUUCGUAGCGGUUACCAUCAGAUCCGCGUCACUGCAGCCGAUCAGCCGAAGACCGCGUUCCAAUCGCGAUUCGGCCACUACGAGUUCACGGUGAUGCCAUGCGGCCUCACCAACGCACCCGCUACCUUCCAGAGGGAGAUGAACGACAUCUUCAGGGACAUCCUGGAGCAGUACGUUCUCGUCUACCUCGACGAUAUCCUGGUCUAUAGUCAUACCCUUGAGGAGCAUCUCAGACACCUCCGCGACGUCCUUGACCGCUUGCGCAGACAUGGCUUCUACGCCAAGCUGAGCAAGUGCCGCUUUGCCCAGCACAAAGUGGAUUUCUUAGGACACUGCGUGUCUGACCAGGGUCUCCACAUGGAUGACGCGAAGAUCACUGCUAUUGCGGAGUGGCCAGCCCCCACAUCCGUCAAGCAGCUUCGCAGCUUCCUAGGCCUGACCAGCUACUAUAGUAAUUUCAUCCGGUGAUCUGCUAGGUAUUCCUACAUCCUUAUCUCCACCCUCCUCCGAAAGAACCCACCCUGGGCUUGGACACCCCUCCACGAGGACGCCUUCCGCGCCCUCAAGAAGGCAGUGACAUGCGCACCGAUUC